AUGGCUGAGAAUGUGAGCUCCCGAUCGGACACCCCUACCAACGUGUCGCUGGCCGGGUCGGUGGACCCGGUUCUGCAGUCUCUGGAGUACAAGACGGUGUCGGUGUUCCUGGUGCUGCUGGUGUGCACGGUGGGUAUCGUGGGUAACGUCAUGGUCGUGCUGGUGGUGCUGACCACACGGCACAUGCGCACGCCCACCAACUGCUACCUGGUGAGCCUGGCGGUGGCCGACCUGACAGUGCUGGUGGCGGCGGGGCUGCCCAACAUCUCCGACAGCCUGACGGGCACCUGGGUGUACGGGCACGCCGGCUGCCAGGGCAUCACCUACCUGCAGUACCUGGGCAUCAACGUGUCAUCGUGCUCCAUCACAGCCUUCACUGUGGAGAGGUACAUUGCCAUCUGCCACCCGAUGAAAGCUCAGACGAUGUGCACGGUGUCGCGGGCCAAGCGCAUCAUCGCCGGCGUGUGGGUAUUCACCUGCAUCUACUGCAUGAUGUGGUUCUUCCUCGUGGACAUCCAGGUGAGCCCUGAUGGUGGUGUGGUGUGUGGCUACCGUGUGUCACGUGACCUGUACCUGCCCAUCUACCUAAUGGACUUCGCCAUCUUUUACGUGAUCCCGCUGCUGCUGGCCAUCGUGCUGUACGGCCUCAUCGCCCGCAUCCUCUUCCUCAACCCGCUGCCCAACGCCCCCGGCAACGCAGUCGGCACGGCAACCACCCUGCGGCGCAGCUGCAAGGAGCCCGCCGCCAACAGCGCCGCUAAGGCAGGCCGGCCCCCCAAGAGCCCUCUCUCGUCACGGAAACAGGUGACUAAGAUGUUGGCGGUGGUGGUGAUCCUGUUUGCACUGCUCUGGAUGCCCUACCGCACGCUGGUGCUGAUCAACUCUUUUGUGAGCGCCCCCUACCUGGACGCCUGGUUCCUGCUCUUCUGUCGCACCUGCAUCUACGCCAACAGCGCCAUCAACCCCGUGGUCUACAACCUCAUGUCGCAGAAGUUCCGCUCGGCCUUCCGCGACCUGUACCGCUGCAAGCACCAGGACGCCCACUCCUCCCACACGCGCUCCUUCUCCCUCUUCCAAUCAGGAUGCAGCGUGGCCCGGGACCCGCGCCUCUGUCAUGACACAAAUGUCUUUGCCAAACGUGGUCGUGGCUCCUCUUGA